CUUGUUUUUUGUUUUUUUUUCUCACAGUGGUUCUUUUAUAAUAGAAAUUAAAGAAACGCAGUCAUGAUUAAAGUAAAACAGCAGCGAGGAUUUCGUUUCAGGAAGUCAGGGCAGAAAGGUUUUACAUUACCGCCCGUCUCUACUGCCUCCUCUUUGGGCACAGUUUGGAGUUUCUUCGGACACAGAAAACGAGGCCAGGCCAGGAUGAACGGAGAGUCAGGAGCCGGAGUGGUGACGGCCCCCCCUCCCACCACAGCCCCUCACAAGGAGCGGUACUUUGACCGGGUGGACGAGAGCAGCCCUGAGUACCAGAGGGAGAGAAACAUGGCCCCCGACCUGCGGCAGGACUUCAACAUGAUGGAGCAGAGGAAGAGGGUGUCCAUGAUACUACAGAGCCCGGCCUUCUGCGAUGAGCUGGAGACAAUGAUCCAGGAUCAGCUGAAGAAGGGGAAAACGCCCACCAGCCUGCUGGCUCUGCAGCAGAUCGCAGACUUCAUGACCACCACUAUGCCUUCCAUGUAUCCAGCUGCACCACAAGGAGGCAUGGCAGCACUCAACAUGAGUUUGGGUAUGGUGACUCCAGUGAACGACCUGCGUGGUUCAGACUCCAUCUCAUAUGAUAAGGGCGAGAAGCUGCUUCGCUGCAAGCUGGCGGCCUUUUAUCGGCUCGCUGAUCUGUUCGGCUGGUCUGAGCUCAUCUACAACCACCUCACAGUCAGGGUGAACUCAGAUGAGGAGCGCUUCCUAAUUGUCCCCUUUGGGCUCCUGUACAGUGAAGUCACUGCUUCUAGUCUGGUGAAGAUUAACAUUCAGGGUGAGAUCGUGGACCGGGGCAGCACAAAUCUCGGCGUCAACCAGGCCGGCUUCACUCUCCACUCUGCCAUCUACGCUGCACGGCCCGAUGUGAAGUGCAUCGUGCAUAUACACACACCUGCAGGGGCUGCGGUGUCGGCCAUGAAAUGUGGCCUGUUGCCGAUCUCACCUGAGGCUCUGUCUCUGGGAGAAGUGACCUAUCAUGACUACCACGGCAUUCUGGUGGAUGAGGAAGAAAGUACUCUCAUACAGAAGAACCUCGGGCCUACCAGCAAGGUGCUCAUCCUCAGAAACCAUGGCUUGGUGUCAGUCGGGGAAACAGUGGAGGAAGCUUUUUAUUACAUCCACAAUCUUGUAACCGCCUGUGAGAUCCAGGUGCGAACACUGGCCAGCGCUGGAGGGCCGGACAAUCUGGUGAUGCUGGACCCGGCCAAAUACAAGGCUCGCCCACGGGUGCCAGAGCCAGCCGGCGAUGGGUCAUCCACGCACCCAAAGUGGCAAGUCGGGGAGCAGGAGUUUGAGGCUCUCAUGAGAAUGCUCGACAACCUGGGUUACAGGACGGGCUACCCUUACCGCUGCCCGGCAUUGCGAGACAAAGGUAAAAAGUACAGUGACGCAGAGAACGCUUCCUCCGCCCACGGUGGUUACUCGUACGGCGAGGACAGUGACUCAGGCGCUCGCUCCCCGCUGAAACACAGCUUCCAGCGCGGCCAGCGCGACAAGACCCGCUGGGUCAAUGCCGGCGGCCGGCCCGACGAGCCCUGCGAGGACGGGCCCGACGGCAGCAGCCCCAAGUCGAAGCCUAAGGUGUGGACGAACAUAACACACGAUCACGUCAAACCCUUGCUGCAGUCUCUCUCGUCUGGUGUCUGCGUGCCAAGCUGUAUAACCAACUGCUUGUUUACAAAGGAAGAAGGACUCCGCCAGGCUGCCGUAGCCAAUCAGUUCAUCCCGAUGAACACCAAUCCAAAAGAUGUGCUGGAAAUGAGGAAUAAGAUCCGGGAGCAGAACCUGCAGGACAUAAAGACAGCGGGACCCCAGUCUCAGGUCCUGUGUGCUGGAACUGGAAUGGAACGCUCCUUUAACCAGGACGCCCCUCUGUCUGACUGUACAGACACUAUUGACGGCCUCGAUGUGUCCGAGGGGUCCUAUAGUCCUGCUAGAUCAAUUAGAAAGGGGGAGCUAGUGACCGCCUCCAAGGCCAUCAUUGAGAAGGAGUACCAGCCCAAGGUCAUCGUCAGCAAGCAGGGUCCGAACCCCUUCACCAAACUCACCGACCAGGAGCUGGAGGAGUAUCGCAAGGAGGUGGAGCAGAAACAGAAAGGGCCUGAAGUGCAGGGACGUGAUGAUAGUAAGGAGGGAUCAGCCUCCAAUGUUCCCUGUCCUGAGCCUGAAAAGCAACCGAGGGGUCAAGCCUCUGACUCCCAACCUCUACAGUCUGCAUCCGACUCACCCAGCUUAGAGCAAGCCCCGCCUGCAGCCGCCCCUGAGCCGGGCUCCUCUGCCCCCAGCCCCUCCAGCGAGGCAGAACCGGCUCAGAGCAUCGAAAGUACCGCAGAGUUAGUCGUAGAUGAAGUUUUAACGUCCGCGGAAGAGACUCUGUCAGCUCCAGAUUCCCCACAAAAGGAGUUCCACUGCGCCGUGCUGCGAGCCCUGAGCAAGGAGCCAGUGGUAGACGCAGACCGGGCUCCAGACCCUGAGCAGCUAGUUGAGCCUGACGAGGAGCCCCGAGGCCAGAAACCCACCACCACGCCGCCCAGCACCCCGGUCAGAGCAGAAGAAGAGUCUUUACCUGAGCAAACCUUUAAGGACGAGAGCGACGCAGCCACCCUGAGACAGACCCUUCCAGAUUUAACACCCGACGACCCCUCCGAUGCUCCGGCACUUCCUGCCGAAGACUCCGCCCCUGCACCUGCACCUGCCGCUGCAGAGGCGGAGGCGGAGGCAGAUGCAGGCGCAGAUGCUGACGCAGACACAGCUGCUGCAGCUGCUGAGGGGGAGGAUGCUGCUGACGCUGGCGAACAGGAGGGUGAAGAGUCUCCAAGCAAAUCGCCCUCCAAAAAGAAAAAGAAGUUCCGCACUCCCUCCUUCCUCAAGAAAAACAAAAAAAAAGACUGAGCCCUAGAUAGGAGAAUGUUUGAUCGGUCCUCAUGGCUGGCCUCUGCCUCUCUUCAUUUUCACUUUUUGUCUGCUUUCAUUGCACCCUUCGAGCAAACCACAGCUACACAGUUAUGCUUUUUUGUUGUUUUGAUAUAAUUUGUCGCUGGCUUAUUAACCUAAUUUUCCUCGUUAGUGUGUGCCAAUUUUGUAUACAGUGUAAAAAUGACUGAUUGCAUAGAGGUUUUUAAUUAUUAGAGGCUUUUAGUUGUGAGAGGGUGAUGCAUUCGGUCUUGUCCACUCCAUCUGGCCUUUGAUGCAUGUCUAAUACUACAGGCCCACACUCUCGGUGUGAGGUUUUAAGGGUUUUAUUGCCCUCAUUUUUUUUUAAAUAAGAGUAUUACUAAACUGUUGUAACCACUAGAAUGUAUUGGGAUUGUAUCAAAAAUAUGUCAAAGUGUCUUUUAAAAAAAAAAAAAAACAAUGCAGAAACAGAAGCUUGUCAUUUACCUUCUGACAGUGAAAACUACUAAUUACAAUCAUUUAAUCACAUAGGAGAACUACAGUAUGAGAAUGUAGUCAUACUAAACCAAAUAUUCUGAUUAAAUCAUAUUAGCGUAAUCAAAUCUGGUUGAAGGUUUUUUUCCUUUUUUACUAAAAUAUUCCACCAACAAACAUUUGACACACCCUAACCUGACAGGUAUGUUGUUAAGUGCUUUACAGCUUGUGAUAUUUUCCAAAUCCAAUUUAACCGUGUGGAUUGAACCUGCGUUUGAACCCACAGAUGUUGAGUGUUUCACAACAAAGUGAGUCAUCCUGACGGUGUUCAUUCGUUGUCCUUGUUGAUUAUUUCCGAGGGAUGGCAACAUCUCUACUCCUGGCUUUUUUAAGUCUUUUAUUAUGAAGGAAUGUGUAAAGAGAAAUUCUUAGUCUGUGUUGUUUUCAUUUUUAUUAAUUAUUAUCUGAGCCUGACUUUGUUUGGCAUUAGCUCCCUGAUCCCCUCUGUCUCUGUGAACGUCAGAAACAGUUAAAUAUGCUACAAAUUGUGAGUUUACGCAUUUAAUUUUUUUCUUUAUUGUAAUUGUUUUCUGUAUUAUUAUUUUUUUUUUUUAACCUGAGCUUUUUCCUCACAGGGUAGAUUGAGGUUUGAUCGCCUGCUGUGAGAGAGCACUGUGAAUCCUAUCUUUCAAACCACUGUCUAUGAACUCAUACCCACACAUUGUUUUUACAGUCUGUCACCGUGCAUCAAGACACAGAACACAUCACGAUUAUGGAGCUGCAUGAUCAAUCAUCCUUCUCUCCACUUAGACUUUCCCGUUUGAACCCCCAGUCUGACCAAAUGGACACUCUCACCUGUGUGUUUCCAGUUGCAGUAAAGACACGAUGUACACUGGAGAAACAUUUUGUUUUGUUAUGGCACUGAUGUGUAAUCGAUGGUGUGAUAUAAGCUAUGCUUAAGGCUGCAGGUCGUUAAUACAAAGACCACGUCCAUGCAUUGCUUCUCAGCUUGUGUUUAUUCAUCUUGUUCGAUUGAAGAAUGAUUUCAAUCCAAUUUGUGGUGAACCAAAAGAUGACUAUUACAGAAAACUCCUAAUUUGGCCUUUUUUUCCAAUCUGCUACAUGCAAAGCACAGGAUGUCUGACUCAUGAAGGACUGCAUGUGUAGAGUGCUUAGAGUGUGUACUCUCCCUUUUAAUGACUGUAACCACCCCAUUGAUUUGACCUCUGUUUGUUUCAGCUUUAGAGUGCAGACAACAACAUCACAGUCGUCACAGUCAUGGUUUUUCAUUCGAGUCGACCAUAGAUUCUUUUACAAUCUCACAUCUAUGCUGAUUUGUAUCCUCUGUCUGACCUACUUCCAGUUGAAAUAUGUCUCAGCAUUGUACCAUCUACAGGCUUAAUUCUUCCACCUCUCUUUUCUCAUGGCUCUGCCUCUUUUACAACCAUAAAUAAACAAACACUACCAUGAAAGUCA